AUGAACUUUGAUGAGGAAUCGAUCUAUAGUAGUACUAAAAACAUUAUCAAACUUUUAAUUGGGAAGGAACUAGAAUGUGCUAGGGACUAUCUUAGGAAAUGGGGGCUUGAAGCUGAUGAUAUGGAAUUGCUUUCUGAGUUUGGUCAAUAUACGCUUGAGGCACUAAUAGUUCAUGUUCUAGCAAUUGUUUUUAACCCCAAUGAUUCCCAGGUUAUGGUUCGUGUUGCUACUUUGGUUGAACACUUUGAAAAAAUCGUUCGCUUACAAGCUAAAUUAUUUAAAUGCAGAAGGUGUAAACUAGAUUUUUCAUCUCUGAAAGCCAUGGAAGAUGGGGAGAAUCAGCGGAAAAAAACUAAAUUAGCUAAGCUCUACCCAUUCGGAGCCGCUUUAGUACAAUUCAUGGAGUCCAGAAAAUUGAUCCAAUAUCAUAGUAGUUUGUCUGGGGCAUCUGUGAGCAUCAAGAAAGGGGAUAAAUAUUAUCUUCCUACUCAUCUCUAUGCUGUUUGCAACUUUGAUAUUUCAUUACUGCCGGUAAAGCUCAAUUUACCAAUGGUAAGCAGACCUCUAGAUUGGACAAGUGCAUGUCCAGAGGGGGUAAAUCCUAGAACUCUUUCGGAUCUCUCAGGGGGGUACUUAAGUGGCCCCACAGGUGAAAUAUUACAUCGUUACCGACUCUUAAGUAGUGAUAACAUGAAGAAUUUUCAUAUUGAUAUUGGCAAAGGAGGAGACUACAAGGCACUUUGUAGUGUUAUGAACAAGCUCCAGCAUCAGUCCUUUCAAAUCAAUAGUCAGUUUUUACAGUAUGUCAUAGAAAAUCAAAAUAGAUUAGUCACAUGUGGGCAUUUAAUGCCUGAAUUUCUAUCCACGAUGAAUAUCAAUGAGGUUUCCCUCUUACUUAGAGAAUUCUACAUGAAGGAUGGGGGUUUGAUUCAUUAA